AUGAAUAGUGUAUUCAGAAAACCAGCCGACUCGGAUAGGAAUGUCCAGGCCACAGUGUAUAUAGGGAAUCUAGACCCACAGGUGACGGAACCUUUACUUUAUGAAUUACUCGUACAGUUUGCACCUGUCCGAACUUUAAACUUCCCUAAAGAUCGAAUUCUUAAAACACAUCAAGGUUAUGGAUUUGCAGAGUUUCGAACUGCAGAGGAUGCAGAGUAUGUGUUGGAGGUCACUCGUGGAGUUAGAUUAUUUGGUAAAUCAUUAAAAUUUAAGAAAACUGAACUGGGUGGAUCAAAGACAUCGCAACAAGAUCAACAUCGUUACCAACAACAAGCAGCUCUUACCACGUCAAAUGCUAUCGAUGUUGGAGCAAAAUUAUUUAUUAAUAAUCUUAAUCCAUUGAUAGAUGAGCAAUUUUUACAAGACACAUUUUCUAAAUUUGGCACCCUUAUACGGCCACCCAUUAUUAUUCGAGAUGAAUCUGGAGUUUCAAAGGGUUAUGGAUUUUUAACAUUUGCAGACUUUUCUAUCAGUGAUGCAGUGAUAGCAAAAAUGGCAGGAGGAAUGCUAAUGAACAUGAAGGUUGAUAUAAACUACGCUUACAAAGAAGAUGCCCUGGGUAAAAGAGUGAGGCAUGGUGAUAGAGCUGAAAGAUUACUUGCAGAGAGUGCCAAGACCAAUAAUCUUUUGAAAAAUGAAAUAAAAGUAGAGGGGAAAAAGGGAGGUAGAAGGAAAUGA